CGUCCAUCCUUUUCGCAGGUUGCGCGGCAUUUGUCCAACAACCCGGCCACCCCUCCUCGCUGUUCCUCCCGACCACAGCGUCAUGUCAUGGCUCUCCUGGACGUCGCUGGUUCCCACGCUCCUUGUCCUGUCGGCCAGCCUCGCCUGGUGGUUCACCGAGCCUAAGAACGCCCGCAUCAACCUGAUCGCCGCUGCCGGCGCCGCCCUAUUCUGCUGGGCCGUCGCGCCCGAGUUGUGCCGCGACCUUUCCUACUCGGUCUACGCCCUGGUCGUCAAUGCCCUGACCUCCCUCCGCCUCCAUCUUUUCGUUCUCAGGCAUUCGAAGAUGCUGGUAACAGGUGUCGCUGUCGUCUGGCUGGUUCGGAGAGCGUGGCAAACUUUAUGGAAGCCGGUGCCCGAGUUAAUCAACAUCCUGGGUGUCGAGGUUCCCGAUUCGCCGGACGUGUCGCUCGCCGAAAUCCGAGCCGAUGCCGCCACCGUAAACUGGACGCGCCCGCCGGCGAACCGAUCGGUGCAAAAGUUUCUGAUACAGGUGAACGGCGUGGUGGUGGGGGAGGUCGCCGCCAACCAGGAGCCCGCCAUCGUCGUCAGCGGCCUGAAGCCAAACCACUUCUACAAUGUGCGCGUAAUUGCUGUUGGUUUCAACAACUUCCAGGCCGGCAGCCGGGUCAUCCGGCUGAGGACUUUUGGCCGCGACGGGCGGCCGCAGCUGGGAAACUCUCGCCUCCCAUCCAACUUCGUUCCCGAGGAGCCACGAGGACCGACGCCGAACGAGACUGGUGACGAACCUGGGGGGGUUCGCAGCCCGAUACCUGCGUUGGAGAUUCCAACGGUCCACCAGGAGCCGAGCGCAUCGCCCGUGCGGGAUGUGAACUCUUCAGCCGGGCCAGGCAUACGCCGAAAUACGGUAUCGCGGCGUCAUUCCCCAUCGACUACAAGUAUCGACCAGCCGGUGCGAGAGGAAGCCAAGACGGAUCUCAAGCAGACCCUGCCAGAACUGACCGAGAAGUUCGAGGCUAUCCGGAAAGAGACAGAAGAUGUGAUGGCGCAGAUUGCGAAAGAGGAAGGCGACAAUAGGCUGGUGAUGGAAGAGCUAGAAGCGGAGAAGCGAGAGAGGAGGAAGGAACAGAAAAAGAAGGAGGAGCAAACCGAAAGGUUGAAGCGGGAUGUGCACGCGACGGACCGCUCGAUGAGGAAUGCCAUGCAACGCAAGGCGCAGAAGGAGAAGCUCCUCAAAGAGAAGCAGAAUGAGCGCGCAAAGUUCCACGACAACAUCGCCAAGUGGGAGAAGGGAUUGGAGGAGAUGCGCCGAGAUUGCGACAGUUUCAAGCAACAGAUGGCAGAACUUGAGGGAGAACGGGACCAGAAGGUGGAGGAGUCCCGGGAAGAGAACGGCGAUUUGCAGGCCGAGUGCUCGCGGCUAGAGACCGAGCUGAAGGUGAAGAGGGAGGUGGUGAGGAAGCUAGAAGAGGACCGGAAGGAGCUGCCAGGUGGGGACGAAGACGGUGAAUGGCGUGAAAAGAUAUCCGAAGAGAGGCGGGAGUGGUAUAAAACGGGCACGGGAAGGGAAUUGCAGGAUGCCUACGUCCUGGAGUCUAAGCGGGCCAGAGCCUUGGACGAGCAGAUUCGCAUUCUCGGCAUCCAGAUACAACACAUUCCCCAGGCUCCGACUCCCUUUGGUUUGUUUAACCAGCCAAACACAUCCGGCUUGGAGUUCGACCACUCGGCAGCCACGCACUUGACUCAGCGGAGCCGGGCUGGAACAAACUUCUCAAUCCCAGCGACGUCGCUGCCGUCGUACUCUCAGAUAGACUCGGCAAUUUCGGCACCCGCUGGCUUUGCCAGCUCACGAUCCGCCAACGCGCCUCCCGGCUUCGCCCCCGGUCCGUUCAUGGACCACUCAGCGGAUGUCGGCCGCUCGGACGAGUCGAGCACAAGAACUGCUCCGCUCAGCCCAUCGGCUACCGCUCUCCUGCCAUCUAAUCUAAUGGCGGAUAUCGAUGACGAUGAGCCCAUUCCUGUCUCCAGGUUUGGCCCGGACCCAUUUCUUCCGCCGCAACAAGCUUCUCCCGACAACGCGCCACAGUCGCCUGCGUCAUCUGGGAGAUCUCUCAGCAUCUUCUCCAGUCCACACGGGUCGUCGAGCCACCUACCCUUCCCCAGUUUCCAAAACGACGCAUCCGAUAGACUGUCACUCAACGCCACCGCAACGAUUCCAUCGCCUGUUGCGACGGAGCCCCCACCGAACAAGCUGAGCGGCUUCUUCUCCUUCCAGCGUUCCAGGCCCGCCAAAGCCGCCGAGAAGGAGGGCGUGCCGUUUGGUAGCCUGAAAUCCGGCCAGAGCCAGUCGUUUCCGAGGCAGACGGAUGACCUCGAGGGGCUUGGCAACAAGCGCCGAAUCAGCAUAUCGAGCGGAUGGGGCAUGUUCAACCGCAACUCGGUGGGACCCGAGAUCACAGAGGGGCACGCGCCCUCCUCGCGCAUGUUUUCCAGGAGCCUCAACCCCUUCUCCAGCUCGCAUCGAGCCCCGGGCGGCUUGUUCCCUGAAAGGGACCCGAGCAGCCCGCGACCCGAGAGUAUCGCGUCUGCCGAAUUCCCUCGGCCGUCGACCGAUUCCGGUUCGAUUUGGGGUCUGCAGCCGGGCGAUGUGGCGACGCUGGGGAAGCCUAGCCGUCUGUGGUCGCCUGACGCGUGGUCCAGGAACCCGUCCCGGCGGCCGUCCCUUCAUGGGUCGCCCUCGGCCCUGAAGACGACGCUGGCGUCAGCCGACGACGAGAUUCUUGGCGAGGAGAUGUUGCCGAACGUCAACGAGGUCGGAGUCAUCGGCAGCCGUCCGCCGACCCAGUCCAAGCCUGCCGGCCGCUUGAAUCCCAACGCCCCGGCCUUCAACAUCACGUCCUUCUUCAAGUCCAAACCCGAAAAGGAGAAGGACAAAGAGAGCAAGGACAAGACCAAGGCCGAGAAGAAGGACAAGGCGAAAUCCAAGGAUGCCAAGGACAAAUCUAAGAGCAAGGAGCCGGCCGUCACACCGGAGGGGCAACAACAGGGUUUGCUUCUCGAGCUGGAGUCUCCGGUAGAGUCGCGCAAGUCGCGCGACGACUUUUCGAUCCACACGCAGACGUCGGUCGCCGAGUCGCGCGACUCUCUGUCGUUGGACCAGUCCUUCUCCAACACGCCUUCGGAACCCACCAGUGCCGGCAUGUCGGGCAGUUUCAAGGACGACAACGUGGUCCGCAAGCUGUUCCGGAAAGGCAGCUCGAGCAAGUUCAGCAUCGCCGGCCGACUCAGCGGCAAGGACUCGGGCCUGUUCAAGAAGGGGCCCAGCAGCACGGCCAGCGGAGGGGGCACGUCGGACAAGGGAGGAGCGGCUUCGAUCGAGCGGUCUAGCAUCGGCGACUUUGAGGACAUUGCCGACGAGGCCGGGGGGCUGAGCCCGGCGUUCCUGGGCCGCAGCUAUGAUAGCAUGGCCAGUGCCGGCAGCCCCAGCCUGGCGCCGACGGUGAGCCACGCGACUAAGAGCAAGGAGAGUAAGGCGCCGUCGCGGUGGCUCAGCAACUUUGGCAAGAAGGCCAAGAAGGAAAAGGAGAGCUUGGACCUGGACAGGUCGCAGUUCAUGAAUGAGCUGGAUGGGCUUGCUGAGGAGGGCUCCUAAGAGUUGAGUGGUGGUUGGGAAGCAUCAGAUACAAGUCAGCUACAAGGGUAAAUAAGCUAGAGUGUAGUACCUUUGCAUAAUGUUGGCUUAGAAGCAGUGUAGAAGUAAGCUAUCACUCAAAAAUACACUGCGAAGGCUUGAUGUGGUAGU